AUGGAUUUGAAUGACGAUAUAUUCUUCGCCCCUCUCAUACACGAGGAAGAUUAUGGUUACAAUGCAUAUACGCCGACUUCUGUUCAUGAGAACAUUGAUUCCCAAAACACUCAACUCCAACCUCAAACUGAAUUCACUACUAAAAAAAGUUCGCGGAAAGGAAACUUUGGUGUAGAAGAAGACAACAUACUAGUAUCGGCUUGGCUCAUCACUAGUAUGGAUGCAAUUCAUGGUAUUGAUCAAAAAGCCUCAAAAUUUUGGAUGAGGGUUCAUGCAGAGUAUGAUGAACAUAAGAAGCCUACAUUUUGUGAACGUUCUGUGAACUCUUUAACAAAUCGGUGGUCAACAAUCCAACUUGCUACUAACAAGUUUUGUGGAUGUAUAGCUCAAAUUGAAGCAAGGCAUCCAAGUGGAGUUACCGAACAAGACAAGAUUGAGGAAGCGAAGGUAAUGUAUCACAGCAUUCAUGGUGGCUCAUUUAAUUUUGAGCAUUGUUGGAAUACAUUGAGAUUUCAUCCAAAAUGGAAACGAACGAUGUCCGAAGGAGUUAAAAAAAAGAAAAGAAAAUCACUUGUACAAGAACCUUCUUGUACUUUAGAUUCGGUACAUCUAGGGGAUGACAAUGGGUCUCCUUCAGUGGUUGUAAACUUGGAGAGGCCAAUUGGCAACAAGGCCCAAAAAGAGAGAGAGAAGACACGAAAGAGGCAAGACCAUAUGUCUGCGAAUCUUGUGGAAGUAGUUAAUGAUAUCAAGGAAGAAAAGAAGAAAUCUCGUGAUCAAAGAAUUGAAGAUCGACAAGAGUAUAUUCGUCUUACAAAAGAAAGGCUUGUGUUUGAGCAAUCGAGAGAGGAAAUGGAAAAAGAGGCAAAUCUUCUUUGUAAAAAGAGGCUUGAGAUGGAGCAAUCGAGAGAGGAAAUGGAAAAAGAGGCUAAUAUUAUUAGUAAAAAAAGGCUUGAGAUGGAACAAUCGAGAGAGGUAAGGGAACAAGAGGCUAAUCUUCUUCGUAAAAAAAAGCUUGAGAUGGAGCAAUUGAGAGAAGAUAGGGAAAUUAUGAGUAUGGAUACAAGCAACAUGCUCCAAUGA